AUGGAUGAGCGAGAAAAGUCGCACUGCAAAAAUGCUUCUACUUCUCAAAAUAGUUUAAAAAUGGAAAUAAUAGAAGAUGGAAAUUGGAUGAAUGUUAAAACAAUUCAACAAGAUGAGCCAAUAGCUCAUUCAUCAACACUUGAUAAAAAUGAUAAAGAUGCUGUCAUAUCUUAUUCAACAAAUCGUGAAAAAGUUUAUCAUAAAAACGCAGGAACUAUUGAAGAGAUACAUGUUCUGGAAAGUUCAGGUAGAACUACCAGAGAUUUUGCCGAAGAGCAUUGGUCAUCGGAAAUUAAAUCAUAUGUAAUGCCUGAACCACCUAAAUUUAUACAGGUAAUUAAAGCAUUUCGAGUAUUAGCCACUGAUACAUUAACACUUGUUGUUGAAGUACAAAGUGAUCCACCAGCAAUUUUUGAAUGGUUUUGUAAUGAUAGACCAAUACAACAAAAUCGGCGCAAAUUUAAGGCACGUCAUGGAAUUAACAUUACCACUCUGACCGUUGAGGGCCCGGAACAGGGUGUGUAUAAAUGUACUGCACGGAAUCCGGUUGGCAUAUCCACUACAUAUGGCUAUGUUACUGUCAAUGCUCCACCAUCAUACAAAACAUGGUUAGAGCAAACAUAUGUAGUUAAUGAAGAAAUGAAUAUGGAAAUUAUCGAUAAAGAAAACAUCGAAACAUCGACCGAUAUUCCACCCAAAUUUAUCCAACAAAUACCAAAUUUAACAUUACGACCUGGUACUGAAGCACUUAUUGAUGUUGAAGUGGAAGCAUCGCCACCAGCCAAAUUUACUUGGUACGUGAACGGUGUCCAGUUUCGUGAUACGGUGGGACAGAUCGAAGUUUAUUAUCCGGUAGCUAAUCGUUGUAUUGCCCGAUUUCCAAUUCCUCAAAAGGGUGAAUACAAAGUAAUUGCGGAAAAUAGAGCCGGUAAAGAGCACAGCAUCGGAUAUAUUGAUAUCAAAAAUGAAGUUAUGCAUCAUCAAACACAGUUACCACCUCUACCAAAUGAUCAUAUCUAUCAUCAUUCAUCGUAUGCCGAAUCUGAACAUCGUGAUAUACCAUUGUUACAAGGUCGAGGACGAGCAUCUUCAGUAAGUAGAAUAAUUGAUUAUUAUGAAGAAAGUAGCUAUUAUCAACGCUCGACAAGCUUACCUCGACAAAUUGAUUAUCCAUAUGAAAUUAAGAAAACAACGGAAAUCAUUCGAAAGCGAAAAGAUGACUCAGAACAAUUGCAACAACAACAACAACAACAACAACAAAGGAAGGAAGAGCAACAUCGUGAACAACAAUACUUAUCAUUAAAAGAAUUUGUUGAAACAAAAGAAGAACAACUACUACAGCCUAUAAAACGUCGACGUUACAGUGAAACAACACAACAUUUGCUACCACAAAAACCAAUUUUUACUAGUAAAUUACCAGUUGAAAUUGCAAUUGGUUCAGAUGAUGAUUUGAUGCUCAAUGUUGAUUUUAAAGCAAUUCCAAGAGCAGAUGUGAAAUGGAAUGUAAAUGGAUUUGAAUUAAAAGAUUCAAAAAAAGUUACAAUAGUUAAUGAAAAUGAUCAUUCAACGCUUACCGUUCGAUCACCAAUUCGCUAUGGACGUUAUAAUGUGACAAUAAUGAAUGAAUAUGGUAUGAGUAAUCAAAGUACACGAGUUCAUUAUGAUGUGAAUAAAGAAGAUGAAAAGAUGACUAAAGAACAAUCAUAUCAUUUGGAAUCGAAUAAACAACCGAUUGCUGCUAGUAUUACUACCACUGGAUUAGUAGAUGGUUGGGAAUUGAUCGAUGAACAACAACGAUCGAGCAAAUCAGCUGAUUCAUUUGAAACUGUUAAAUAUGUGGAGACAGUUCGAGCAGCUACAGAAGGUUAUGAAACACCAACACCAACACCACGUGAGGAAGCGUUCACUUCACGUCAAUCAUUUCAUUCAUCUACGUAUAACGUACGUCAAAAUGAAGAAAUUAUUGAUGGAAGGAGUACAAAUAAUUAUGAAACAUCAAAAAUUCCACCACAAUUACUACCAAAACCAAUAACACCUAUCAUUCAUGAACCGUUAGAGAGAGUAAAUGUUUCCGAAAUAUCACAUACAUCACCUUACACAGAAAAACGAUACGAAGAAGUGACAAGUGGCAUUUCGAAAAUUAUUUAUGAAACACCGCAGGCAUUAUUGUUACCAUCGAAAUUUACUACUGAACCAAUGUUAGAUACAACAACAUUUACGGAACAAAAAUACGAGGAAGUUAAUGGUAUGGAAAAUGGAUAUGAAAUCAUAAAUGAUAAUGUAUCAUCCACAAAAACAAAAUUACAAAAAGAAAUUGAUAUCGAAAAGAAAACAUUCCGUAUUCCAGUACAUCGUGUUCCGGAACCAAUUCCAAAAUAUCCAUUCAUUUUAAAGCAACCGGAGCCGGAAAUUCGUCUAAAAGCAGGUGAAAAGCUUGUGUUAGAAUCUAAAGUUGAAUCAUCACCACCAUCUCAAUUCAAAUGGUAUCAGAAUAACUUUGAAGUCCGACCAUCAUCAUCAGUCAUUCUUGAAAGUCCAACAGUGAACGAAAGUCGGGCUACAUUUUUGAAACCAAUUAGUGGUACUUAUAAAAUGGUUGCUUCCAAUAUUCAUGGUUCGUGUAGCAGUACAACCCGUGUGAUUACUGAAGUUACUGAAGAAUGGACAACUGAGUCUACUGUUUCCGUGAUUCGAUCAGUGCCGGAGAAGCUAGAAUCAAAAUAUCAGCUUGUAAAAAGAUCUCAUAAAGGAACACGAGAUGAUUUACCCAAAGCUCCUCGAAUUGUGGAAGCUUUCGCUCCAAUUCUCAAAAUUGCCAAUAAUGAACCGCUCACAUUACGUGUUACUGCAGAUGCAAUACCGGAAGCGGAAUUCCGCUGGAUGUUAAAUAAUUUCGAAGUAAGACCGAGUCAAACAGUUACUGUUGAACGCCUCGGAGUAAAUAUUUCACAAGCUACAUUCCAUAAUCCGAUAAGUGGACGAUACGAAGUGAUAGCUACAAAUUUAUUAGGUCAAGAUUCAUGCUCUGGGAAAGUAAUUGUUGAUUAUGCAGAAGAGGCGCAAAUUGCCCCAAUUCAACCAAUCGUAAGACCAGUUAUUCCUAAAAUUCCUGUCUUUAUAAAAGCACUACCAGGUGAAACACAGUUAUAUCCUGAUGAACAAGAAUUCCGUCUUUCUGUAUCGGUGCAUGGUGAGCAACCGAUUACAUUCCGUUGGUUUGCAGAUGGUAGUCUUUUGUCAAAUAGUGUCGAACAUCAAAUGAUUAAUGAUUUAGAAAACAGUACAUUAGUUGUACGUAAACAAACCGUAUGUGAUGUCGAUUAUGCGGUUGAAGUCUCCAAUACUUACGGAGCUGUAUGGUCUGAGACGACAGUAAGGCCACCGUCACCAACGACAUCUUUCACUGCUAGCAGUGCUACUUCAGUGGAAAGUUCAUUAGCAGAAGUGAAUGAUACACAACCAUCCUCACCACGUUAUACUAUCAUCUUAGCCGAUAAAGAUUUACAACAAAAUGAUGAAUUUACCGCACAUGUAGCUAUUAAUGUGGAAUCUAGUCCGUGUGAAUUUUUCUGGACUCUUAACGGACGUGAUAUCCGUACAAUUCCGGGAUUUCAUAUUGAAUCUACAUUUUAUGAAUCUACUAUUUACAUCAAAUCGAUGUUAUCAAAACAUUCUGGUGAAUUAUCAGUUGUAGCAAGUAACAAAUAUGGUACUGCAAGGUCAACAGCUAAAAUCAUCGUUCAUCCAUUACGUGAAAAAUCAUAUGAAUUUAUUUCGGAAAUAGAAACUAUACCAGCUGAACGACCACCACGAAUUGUUUUACCUUUACGACCUUUCGUUUUUCGAGCAGGUGAAUCACUGGAAUUACGUUGUCGUGUUGAUGGUUUGCCACGACCGGAAGUAUUCUGGACCAAAGAUGGAAUUCGUGUUGAUGAUGGAAUGGUAGAAAAAGAGCUCAUCACUCUUCAAUAUCCGGAUGGCAGACAUGAAUUAAUUAAUCCGCACUGUGAACCGGAAGAUGCUGGUUUAUACCAGUUAACAGCACGUAAUAUCCAUGGAUCCACAAAUACUUCAGCUUAUAUUCACGUUGAAAGUAAGCAGAAAACGAGGAGAGAAACAGUAGAAACGACAACAACAGAAACGAGAAGUGAAAUUCAAGAAGUGAUUCAUCGAGGAGUAUCAAAGCCACGAUUCAGUAAUGUAAUAUCGAAACAGUAUGAGGAUGAUAUGAUUGUGAGUUGUAAAGUGAUAAGUGAAACACCAGUAGUGAUAUCGUGGUUUAAGGAUGGACAACGUCUCUAUCAAACUUACAAGUAUCGCAUGCAGAAAUUAUCUGAUAAUACGUAUACGCUUACAAUAUGCAAUGUUGACAAAUGGGAUGAAGGCUCAUAUACAUGCCAUGCUGAAAAUACAUAUGGUAGCUCAGAAACAAGCAUGUUUAUUCGACCUUUAGUUAAAACUCGAGAAAUAAGUGAGGAGAUAUUAGUUGAAGAAAAUGAUAGUGAAGUAAUUGGAUUGCAGGAUAAUAUUGGCUAUGUGAAGAAGAGAUACACCGAUACAACGGUUAAAGUAUCAGUAGAGCCUGAAGUAAGCGGUAGUCAAGAGGUAUAUAGUCAUACGGCGGAACUACGAAAAACUGAAGCUGAAUAUAAGCUAUUGGUAAAAGUUGCCGAAAUUGUUGCAAGUAAAUUAGUCGCUAAAGUAAUAAUCGAUGAAGCAAUAAAUAUAGCACUGAGACGAAUGAAUGUAGUAUCAAUUGAAUCUAGUGAAGAGGAAGAAUUUGAAUCAAUCAAUGAACAACAGCCAUGUCCACCAAGAUUUGAAACAAAUAUCGAAUGUUAUACAGUUGAUAUUGGUGAUGCUGUCGUGUUGCAUACUGAUAUUAGUGGAUAUCCUCAGCCAAAUGUUGAAUGGUAUUUUGGUGAACAAAAACUUGAACAAUCUGAACAAAUCGAAGUGAAAUAUGUGAAUCAGCAAGCUAUAUUAACAAUUAAAAAUGUGCAAAAGAAACAUGAAGGCACUUAUUAUUGUCAUGCGGAAAAUGAUUACGGAAAAACGGUUUUGCCAUGCAAUUUACGCGUGACUGAUACCGCCAUUGAUUGGUCCGAAUCCACGCAUAAAAUGACUCGUUCUCCGCUGAUUUACACUUUAUCAGAAACUGAAACGGAAGUAUCUUCAAAUGUUCAUGUUACUCACGCUGCCGAAUCCUACGAUCAUUAUUUCUCCACUAUUCAGCCAGAAACUUUUGCAUUGGGUUAUUCGUGUCUUGCAUCAACCAGUAAAAUUCACGAUGAUUCCGUAAUCAUAACACGUGAAUCGAUGCAAAAAAUGAUUGAAAGAGAGCAAGAAGUAACGGAAGUAAUGCUAAACGUAAAUGUUGAACGUACACCGUCAGUUUUCAAGCAUGAUGCACGUAUUUUACGAUCAACAGAUGAAAGCGUUACCAUAUGUCGACGUGAACCGCAAUCUACGAGAGCAGAAGAAGUAAUUCAAACUAAUGAUAUACUUUUGAUUGGUGAUCAACGUGUCCUGAAACAACAUCAAUCAGUGGUUAAUGCCAUAACAACAGUUGUGUUCGAGAAGCCAUCACAACGAGCUGUUCAUGAAAUUACCUGCUUAUACGAUGACAAGGCUUAUGUAAGCAAAGAGAAAGUUCAAGCUGUUAGUACAAUUGAUCUUAAAAGAAUCGAAAUUGUCAAUGAACUUAUCAGUACCAUUAUGGCUACAGAGGAAAAGUUCCGUGAAGCAUAUGCGGAAGCAAACGUUGACGUAAGAUGUCCGGAUGCCAUAUUUGAUCAUUUCAUAAAAAUUGUUGAAUCGGAACAGGAAAAUCUUAGCAUACAUUUGAUUGCACCGAUACUUGUAAAAAAUCUUGCAACUUCCGAUUUUCACUUGCAACAAAAAUCGGAAUCAUUGCAUGCAGAAUCAAUAUUUAUUGAAUAUCCAAGAAAGAAUGCUACAGCUGAACAAAGAAUUGUUAUACUUCAAAGUUCAUUCCAAAAAUUCAGUGAAGCUAUUACAUGGAACUUGAAAAAGAUUUCUAAAGAAACAACGGAAGAUGAUAUAACAGUAGCGCAUGCAACUAUUAAAGUAUACAAACCGGAAGAGAUCGGUGAGUAUGUAACAACAGUUGUCGAUACGAGGAGAAUGGUUCCGGAAUUACUUGCUAUUGCUGCUGCAGCUAGCAAGCUUAAGCUUACCAGCGUUUUUGUAACAUUCACCAAGAAAGGAGAUGUGGCACAUCAAGCACUUGUCAUCGAAUAUGAAAGUUUUGUGGAAGAUGAAGCAACUUUAAAUGUUGCUAUGCUUACUGCUCCUGGAUUUCAUUCAAAGCAGGAAAGUAUUUGGUCAUAUGAAAAGAAAUAUGAAAAAUCUGAGGAAACUGAAGCAAAUGUUAUAGCUGUUUUUGUGGAAGUUAAUGCUACAUGUCCAAAUCAGAUGAUUGAACUGAUAGCAUCAGUUAGUCUACCGCCAACGGUUCAUGAUAUUACGGAUGUAACUCAACCUUUACAACCUUUGGAACCAUCAUCUAUUUCAUGGUCCGAAUCAUCAUCCACAGGAUUAUUUCAAGUACCAAAAUUUAUCAAAACAUUGGAAAAUACAACAGCAAUAGUUGGACAAUGCCAUCAAUUCAAAUGUAUUGUUAGUGGUACACCAGCACCAGUGAUACGAUGGUAUGUAGAUGGCGAUGUCAUCCAUAAUUCCGGCAUUUAUCAAAUUAUCUAUGAAGACGGUGUUUGCAUUCUGAAAAUUCGAGAAGUUGCGAUUGAAGAUGAAGGUGAAUAUACCUGUGAAGCAACCAAUGAUGCUGGUCAAGCGAUCACAAAAUGCUUCUUACAAACUAUCACUGAAGCUGAUGUUUUGAAAUACCAGCAACAGUCCAUAAUUGAAAAUAUAGCAUACAGCAACAAUGGCAGGAAUAACAACAACAAGAACGACAAUUGCGCAUUUGUGGAUAAUAUUAGUUCAUCUAGUAAUAUUGAUGGGAUAGUGUAUCAGAAUCGUAGUGAUAGUUGUAAUAGUUUAGUAGAGAUAAAUAGUAAUCAUCGGAAGCAAUUUCUUAUAGUUAAUUAUGAGUUUGCUCGAAAUGAACCAGUAAGUGCUGAGACAGCGGUAAUUGUGACACGUUAUAUUGCGCCACAGAAAGGAUUGUUUACAAAUUUGGCAUCAGAGGAGCGAAGUUUUAAUAUUUCUGUUUUUUUGCCAGAUGCUGCAAUGAAGUGUGAUUUUAUUUGGGCAUUAAUUAAUUGCGCAACUGUUGCAUUGCAUUUGAAAUUAUCAUAUCAAGCGAAUGAUUUUAUCAUUCAAAAUUUUCUAUCGCAACAAACUGAGGAAGCUUAUUUGCUGUUAUCUGUGAGAAAAUUAACAUUUGAAAAUGUUUACUUUGCAAUUUGUCAACCAUGGGAAGAAAUUUUAUUGCUUAAAAAAUCUGAAAAUGCAUUUGCAUGGGAUAAUGAAUUUUGUCGAUCACAAAAAUUACGAUUGGAAAUGUCUAUUAAAAAUUCUACCGAGAAUAUCUGUAGCAAAAAUGAACUUAUGGAAAAUAUUGCAAUGGAAAUGCUAGCUGAUACUGUUGAAGAAAACGAUGCAACAAAUUUACUUCAAAUGAAAGAAAGUGUCAAUGAGUUGAAAGUUGCAAUAAAUGAGCGAAAUGAGGGAAAUAUUCGCUCCAAAGAUGAAGAAGAGAAAGAAUCCGGAAUUCCGAUAAUCCCUGAAAAAAUCACUUGUAAAAAGGAAAAAGAUGAUGAUGAUGAUAUUUCACUCAAUGAUGACAACAAUCAGUUCAAGCAUGAAUUAUUUCGACAUACAUCUGAAGCAUCUGAAACGUAUCCCGGAAUCAGUACCAACACUUUAGCUGCAAUUCAACGAUAUGUAGAUGAACUGUUUGAUUUUGAGUCUGCAGUACCUACGAUUUCUACCGAUACGAGCAUUUACAAGCAAAAUGAUAUCAAUAAAUUGGAUACGACAGGUGAUCAGAUGGAGAAUGACCCGUUUAAGGAUUUUGCUUGUGACGACUAUUUAAAUUAUUCAUUUUGCCACGAUUAUGUUGAAGCAGUUCAGGAUUUACCGAUAGCCGAAUUAACUUCAGCAAACAGUCAUCUUGUAGAGAAUGUCACAUUAUCGCCUUGCUUAAAUUCAAAUCCAAAUUUCAAAAAUAUGGUACUUAGCAAAGAAAGCAUUGAGCCAAUGGUAACUAGAUCAUUAACAUGUGAAGUUGGUUACAAUUCAGAUGAGAAUUCGAGACAAAAUCUUAGCAAUUGUGAAAGUAAAGGAGAUUAUACUAAGUUAGAUACUUGCAAUAGUCUCAAUACAUUGGACAACAUACAAUUACAUUCUCAUCUUACUACAGAAACCUAUCCAUUGUAUUUUACAAGUUCGAUAGAAAGCACAGAUGCUGCUGCAACUUUUGACGCCAGCGAAGAAUUUGAUGUCUUCACUGCUUCAACUAAUCCUAGAUUACAACAUAAUGAAAGUUACUCCACAUCAUUACCUAUGCCUAUAAGUGAGUGUAAUCAUUGUGUAUUGGAAGAUGAUCAUACAAAAUCUUCCAUUGUUAAUCCGGAAAUUGUUGAUGGUUCAACUUCAAAUACCAAAAUUUCCGGAAAAGAAUCACUUUCAACUCAUAGCCCUGCUACCAACGAGUUAUUGUCAAAGAUUAAAGUAAUUGAUGAAGUUUGUAGAGAAAUUGAAAAUGAAAUUGAAAUGAAAACAGAAGAUAACGAGGAAGUACUUCAAAUUGAGCGUGCGAUAUAUGAUAUAUCGGAACGAAUCGAACAUCAGCAAUCUGUAACAGAAGCUCAAGCAGAAGCAAGCGAAGAACUUCUAAAAACGAUACUUGAAAAUAUUAUCAAAAAUAUUGGGCAGAAUAGUAUUACUAAAACAAUGGCUGCUUAUAAAAGACCAGUUGUAUUAUUGCGAGAAAAGUUGACUGAUUUGGAAGAAACAUUGAAGAGAGAAGAAUUAGAAUUCAGUGAGUCAUCGAUGAGACGAUCAAUUCCGGAGGUACAUUCCAGAUUUUCAAAAUCAUUUAGUGUUGAAGAUGAGCAUGUCAAAUCUAUUGAAGAAUGUCCAAUUGAGAGAGAAAUUCGUGGAGUAUCAUUAUGCACAUUGCAACAAAUUGGAAGUAUCAAUAAGCAAGAGAUUAGAAAGAUGACACCAUUGACAUCAAAUAUUAAGGAACAACUUCAAAGUUUGGAAUGUAUGCUUGGAGAAGUUGAGGAGGAGGCAGAAGACGAAGAAGGUAUGAAAGAAUUAAAUGAUGCUGCUACUAAUGCUACUGCUACUGCUACUGCGGAAGCUGAAGCUAUCUUCCCGGUAUAUACUGAUGCUAAACAACAUGAAGUGCAUAAUAUUCUGAUGCAAAUCAAUAAUGAAAUAAGUAUUAUCAAACGUUGCUGUCAAAGAAAUAUCUCAAAGACAAGCAUUGAUGCUGCAGUUGGUUUAUUGCAUAAAGUACGCAAUAAUGUUUCCUCAAUGAUUGAUCUAAUAUCAGUGUAUCGAAAAAGACUUGGGAAGAAAUCAUCUAUUGAGAAAGGAUUAAAUGUUAGUAGAGAAGGAAUGAAAUCAUCGAAACGAUCAACUCAUCAUCAUUUAUCACCUUAUUCCAGGACUGGUUUCUUUUUUAAAACAGAUGCUUCGGUUAAUUUAUAUUUUGUAAAACGUGAAGAAUCAGAAGUUAUCAAUGCUAUUGUCAAAUUAUUAAGUUUAUCUGACAAAUAUGGCAAACAAUUAUCAAAAAGUGAAAAUUCUCAAAUUUCCACAUAUGAUAACGCAAUUUUUGAUGAUAAAAACAAGACUUUAGAAGAGAUAAAAACUGAUCCAUUAUGGACAGCUGUUUCGGAAUCAACUAUCAACAAGGAUGAUGAAGUUUUCUCAUCAAAUUCUAUUGAUCCACAAGCUAAUUCAUUUUCACAUCAUUCUACUCAAGAAGCAAUUCCUGUUCGGCCUCCACGAAAAUCAAAAGAAAUGAAUCAGCAAGGAGUUAGUUCACCAUUAUCACCGCCACCAAUUCCGCCAUUUCGUAUGAAGAAGCAUCGUUCAAAAUCAUGCGAUAAUUAUGAAAAUUUUCUGAUUCGAUCAUCCUCUUCUGAUAUGCCAAAUUAUCAUCCAAUGCCUGUUAUGACAACGAAUAUGCAAACGGAGGAUGAAGAAGUGUCGCAGUUUUACGUCGGUGAUUGUUUAAAGCUAAUGAAUGAUUUAAGUGUGUCAAUACCUAAACAAAAAUCUCAAACAUUUGAUGAAAGAAUUAUCAAUUAUGAAGGAAUUAUCAGAAAAGAAAACAGCUUUUAUAAUUGUUCGUAUAUUUGGCCAUCUAAAGAAGCAUACCACAUUUUAUUGGAAAUAUUUGAUGAAUCUAAUUCUAUACAACUUUUAUGCGAAGAUUCUGACUAUGCACCUGAAUCCGUUAUGCAUUCAUUAUUGCUAUUUGAGUCAACAGAUAAGACUGGAGAGGAACCUGACGGAACACUUUUGCAAACACUUGAAGAUUUAUCAGAUAUGAAUAUAAGUAAAGCUGAAACUAUUACUGAAAAUGAUGCAAAAUUGGACGAAAACUUUACUGUGCUGGAAGAUGAGAAGAUUUCUACAACAUUUAAAUUAGAUGAGAACUAUAAUGAAAAUACUUCGAAUUAUCAAGUUUAUUUAGAUCGAAAUACAAAUGAAAAUUCGAAAUCAAUCGAUAAUCUAAGAAGUAGUACAUCCGAAAAUGCUCUUUUUGAGAGCAUUCAGAAGCCAAUACAACAUUCUCAUAUUUUCGUGGAUACAAAAGCACACGAAUCGACUGUAAUAAAUUCAUUAGAGGAUGAAGCAAAUUCUUUGCAUGAAAUUGAAUCAAUUGAUGAUAAAGAUGAAAUUUUGGAUGAAUUAGAUGAUCUAAUGAUAAUAUGCAAUCCUCAUGCUAGUAUUAUUGAUGGCAUUGAUUUACUGCCAACAAUAAUGGAAGAUAGUGAACAUUCUAAACUUGCAAAUUCAUUCAUGUCUGUUAGCACAAAUACAGUGAUUGCUAAUACUGAUAUGAAAGAUAUACUGAACAAUGAUAUUGAAGAUGAAGAAAGUGAUAUUACAGUAACAUCAACAUUAGAAUCAACGAUGACAGGAUUGAAUGAUAGAAUCACUCAGAAUUUGCUUAAUAAAUGUGACGAAGAUGAUGUCAACUAUUUGGAUAAUUACAAGCGAAGAGUAAUUGUAAUAUGUGAAAGUGAUGCUGAACAAAUAUCAGACGAAAUUACAAUCAAUGUACGCUAUAAGAAGCCAUCAAAUAAGCUUAAAGUGAUAGCAAUCUUAUCACCUGAGAUAGGUGCUAAGGCUGAAGCAUAUAUGGUUAUUGGUGAAGAUUUUGAUGUUCUAGUUGAACAACCAGAUGAAGUACAAAACCUUACGGUGAAUAUUUUGGAUCAUAUAAGUGAUUCGAUUAGUCUUGAUUUGAUGCUUCCAAAUACAGUUGAAGUGGAUUUAUCGCUAAAACGCUGUGAACAAUAUGAAGGUAUUCUAUCAUAUCAAAUUGAAAAUCUAAUUGAUAGUGGAACUGAUGAAGAGCGAAUAAGUAUGAUAAGUGAUAACGAUCAUUAUCAUCAUUCAUCCAAAGCUACUGGAGAUAAGGAACAACGUACCGGUAUUCUUGUAAACAUUAUUGCACGAAGCAUGCAUGACAUUGCGCGUGCUUCACUGGAAGAAAUUCCUUGGGGAGAAGUAUCUAUGUAUAUUGUAAUGCAACCUGUUAUGACUCGAUCAAAAACUGACUCAGAAACCAGAAAUUCGCUAAUUCAAAAUGUAACCGUAUCGGAAUCAAAUGAAACUGAAAAACGUUCGUUGCAUUCUCAUGAAUCAGUUUGCUCAUUAUCACAGCAGUCAUUUGAUUGGAGCGAAUUUGGUGAUCGAAAUACCGGUGGACAAAAUUUUAAUAUACCAAGCUAUGUGGUUAGAGAAGGAUCAACAGCUACAAUUACAUGCGAAUUUAAUAAUUUCUUAGCUCCUGGAAGUGUCAUUGAUUGGUUCAAGGGUAAAAAUUUAAUGCAAAUUAUACCCGGUAAAACGGAUCGCAUAAGUCAUGAUCUAUUAGAGGUAUUAGUUAUUUCACAUGUAAAUUUAAUGGAUGGUGAUAUUUAUAGCAUUAGAGUGAAUGAUAUAAUUUAUCCUGUUGCAUACCUUAUUAUAGAGAAUGCUAAUACAGCAUCAUUUGAAAAACUUAAUGAUGAUAAUGUACAUUUUAUAAGUCCGCCACAAACAUUAUUUGUAAUGGAAGGACAACCAUCAAUUAUUUCCUGUCAAGUAAAUAGUGUAGAUCAAAAAAUUGAGUGGUGUAAAGAUAAUAAAAAAUGGAUAACUGAAAAUGAAAGGAUACGAUUAGAAGCGGAUCAAUUUGGAUUUCAUCGAUUAAUUAUUGAUAAGUCUGAAUUGGAUGAUCAGGGGACAUAUUAUGCAUUUUUGGGUGAUCAUUUCACAACAGUUACACUAGUUGUUGAAGAACGCAUUGACGAACGUGAAGUGACAAUCAGUGCACUGGGAACAGACACCGAAGAAGAUGAUUAUCGUGAAUAUUUGGUACCUCUUGGUAGCACAGCAACAAUUGCUUGUGAACUGGAAAAUACCGAUGAGGUGCAAGAAUUGGUAUGGCGCAAAGAUGGUAAACAAAUUGAGUUUACGGAUGAUGGAAAAGUUGAACAUGUAGUGAAUGGCUUAAAGCAUUAUCUAGUGAUUCAUGAUACAGAAGCUGAUGAUUCAGCAUCUUAUAGUAUCUCUAUUAAUAAUAUGGAAUUCAAGAUUGCUCAUUUAUUGGUUAGCAAUUAUGCAACACCAAUUGGUAGAGAAUAUUCAAGUCAAAUUACAGUAGAAGAAUCGCUGGUACCAAUUGGUUCAGCUGCAACAAUUCAUUGUGAAACUAUUACACAACAAUAUUCAUUGGAUUGGCGCAAAAAUCUGCGGCCAAUUGUGCAAGAUGAACGAAUCGAAAGGAAAGAUACGGCUGAUGGAUUUGAGCAUAGUCUUACAAUUUACAGUGUUCGAAAGAGUGACGAAGGCGAAUAUGGCGUUGUAAUAAAAGAUUCAUAUACUGCUGUCACUAAAAUUACUGUAAUUGAAUCACAGGGACAAAUUUCCACUGAACAUUUCGAUAUUUCAUUACAUCCAACAACAACAACAACAACAACGAUAAAUGAAGGAUAUCCACAAUUACAUGAUGUUAUCAAUCUUCAACAAGCACAAACAACGGAAUCUUAUCAGUUGUGUAAUAUGGAAGAAUAUUUUGAUUUGCGAUUUUCCAUGCAAUCAUAUGAAAUUCCAGUGAUUGUGAAUGAGAAACGACUGAUAUCGAUCAGUUAUCUAUCACAUGAAUUAUCAAUUCAAUCGGUGGACAAUGAGUUUCACAUACAUCGUGAGCCUUCUUAUGCAAUUAGCAACGAUUUAACUUUUAUGGAAGUAACAAUGAUUGAGUGCAAUUUUGUAACAACAAAUGUUCAUUUUCAAUUUACAUCUUCUACUUCAAUUAGUUAUGCUAUUGCUGAAGCUGUAGUACUAACACUGAUUGCGCAACAGUCAGCAUAUAUUCAUCUCAGUUCACAAUUCACUCAACUUACAACUAGUUUUAUAAAAUCGUUGGAUGUAAGAGAAUUAACCGUUGUUACAAAUGUACAAGAAAAAAUUGUCAAAAAAUUAGGAAUAAAAUUAGAUGAUCGGUGGGUAAAAUUAGAUGUGAUAUUAUUAUCACCAAUGCAGAAUAUAGCUAUGGAUAUUACGAACAAAAUUCCACGAAUGAUAGCACUUGAAAUGGAUUUUAUUGCAUUAAUAUUUGAAAAGUAUAGCGAAAUUAUUACAUUUAACAAAGCAUCCGAAUGCGAAUUUGCUGAUGCAGUGAUGCUAACAAAAUCAAUUAUUUAUCCGGAAAAGAUUACGAGACAGUUUACCAUGAAUGUUGUUUGGUUGGAAUUUAUAGCUAUUUAUAAAGUACCACAAAUUUUUGAUACUACAAUCAGAAUUAAUGUUACUCAAAGGGAAAUAAUUCAUCUACGAUGUGAUGCUUCUAAAGCAAAUACAAUUGAUGAAAUUUUCACGGUAUGCGGUCCUAUUCAACAACAAAAUAUUGCAGUAACUGUUCCAGAAAUUUUAUUUUCAUCAAUAAAUGCUAAUUAUAUCGAUUCAAUGUCGUCUUUGGAACUAAUUUUGAUGUCACAUAUGGAUGAAAAUUUACUUGUAACUAAAGAAGUACCACUAAUUCGAAUGGAAAUGGUCAGUAUGCAGCUAAUGGCUUCCGUACUUGAAGUAAUUCCAGUAACUUAUAGUUUUUCAAAAGCUGAAAAUAUGGAAAUGAGAAUAUUUGUGAAGCCUCAUAUGUCCUCUUACGCAUGUCAACGUGACUUCGUUGACAGUGUCACAAAACUUGAAAUGGAGCUUUGGUCGCAAAUCAAAUGUGACAUUUGCGUCAACGUUAAUUUUCGAACAAGAGAAAUAGAACGAUUGAGCACAACAUUUUCCGGUUCAACUGCAGAAUAUUUCGAUCUAUCAACAGCUUUCAAUAUUCAACCAGAAAUAGAUACAGUAAUAGCUACAUUAUUAACAACAGCACCAAAAAUUACUGAAAAAGCAUUUGGAUUAUUUUCAGAUGCCACUAUCAGUGAGAUUUUAGAGUACUCAUCGCAGGUGAAACGAGAAUUUUACGCAGAUGCUAUCCUUUUAAUAUCACGAAAAGAUAUACAUACGGCAAAUUUCAGAGCUUCAACUUUUGAAAACUUGCAUGUUAUCAUAUCGUUUGAAGUUCAAUCUCAGGAAAGUAAUACUACAAUGGCAUUACUGAAACGAGCACCGAUAAUUGUUGACAGAGCUAGCGUUAUGUUUUCCGAUGAUUUCAUUGAAGAAACAAUGGAAUUCCGAUCACAAAAUAUGCAUAAUCUGGAAGUAGAGAUGGAAAUUUUUACUGCUCGAAAAGAUAAUUUGUUUAAAAAUAUUAAAGGUGUUGAAUUUGAGGAAAAAAAUAUUGUAGCUAUUAUUGAGGUACAGCCGGAGAAGGAAGACUUAGAAUUCAUCCUGCUAACUCCAAUUUCAGCAUUAGUUGAACAGAUUAGUCGAUCAUUUUCGGACAGUGUCGUGAAUUUAAUUACUGAGCUACACGUACAAAGCGAUUUUCAUACAUAUAAUGAUAUUAUGGUCGCUCGAAUAUGUGCGCUUCAAAUGUUUCUAAAAGCUUCAGAAGAAGAAAAUAUCACUGUGAUAGCAAAAUUUUGUGUCCAAGAUGAAAUCGAAAAUAUAAUGGCUACUUUGCUAACGCAGAUACCUGCUGUUACUGAAAGGAUUGAUCGGAAAUUUUCAGAUCGUUUGAUGAAGUUUGUAAUAGAAUUAUGGUCAAAGAUUCGUCGAGAAGCUUUUGCAGAUGCUAAAAUUUAUAUUGCUAGGAAUGAUGAGUUGCAGAUGCAGUUAAAAGCUUCAUCUAUUGAAGAAACGCAUGCAUCAAUCGUUCUGGAAGAAUAUCCUAAAGUUCAAGAACUUGAAGUUACUUUAUUGGAGUUCGUUCGAGCUGAUACUUACAAAUUGAAUCGUUUCUUUUCUUAUAAAACUGUUAAUUUGAUUGCAACACUAUGGUGUCAGACUCAAAGUAGUUACGCCGAUAUAAAUAUACCAAUUAAACGAAAUGAUAAUAAUCAAAUAUGUUUACAAGCUUCCACUGAAGAGUGUUUGAGUAUUUUGACAAGUUUCGAAGUGCUACCACAACAAAGAGAUGACUAUUUUGAAGUACUCAUUGCAAUGCAUGAAAUUGCAGAAGCAUGGAUAGAAGCAACGAAAGAAGAGAAUUUCGAUAUCGAAAGAUCUUUUGACGUGGAAUCAGAAGCUCAUUGUGCUGCUAGUCUCUUAAUUGUCCAAAAGGAAAAGCAACUGAUAAGUGUACAAGCUUCAUCUAUUGAAAAUAUUGAAAUUUACACUUCAUUUGAAAUUUGUCCAGAAGAAGAGAUAGCAUGGAUUACUAUUACAUUGGAACAAAUUACUGCAAUCACCGAAAAGCGAUACAGCGAUGAAAUAACAAAGCUUGAUAUUGAGAUCUAUUAUGAUGCUGUCAAUCAUGAAACUGUAAAAGCAGAUCUAAUAGAAUCUAAGCUAUCAGUGUGGAAAUCUAGUUACAAAAUAUAUAAUGAUCGAUCUUUAUGCUUGUUUGCAAGUGAAUUUAUUGAAGAAAUCAACAAUACAACUUAUGAAUAUAUUAUGCAACAGUUUAAAGAAAAUAUUCGCAUAAUGAUUGAAUUAUCUCGAAAUCCAACAAUACAAUCGUGUCAAAUUGAUUUACAAAAUAUUUUUCAAUCAAGGCAAGCAAUGGAAGAAAAUGAGAUGAACAGAUUAUGGAGUCGUACACAACUAAAUGUAGGAUUCUAUCAACACUUAGAUUUAACACGAUCAGCACAAACCAGCGACUCAGCUUUUAUCUUACGCAAAAAUAUCUACGAAGAAGAUGAAUCAACUGAUGAACUAAGCACAUCAUCUUCCAUUCAAGCAGCUCCACAAUUUGCGGAAAAAUUGAAUGAAAUUUAUGAAAUUGAAGAAUUCUCAACUCAUUCAUUCAAAUGCAUUAUUUAUGGAACACCCGCACCACAAGUCCGAUGGUACCGUAAUGAGCAAGCAAUCAUCCCUAGCGAUAACAUAACUGAAAUCGCUGAAGAUGGUAUCUACAUAUUGAAAAUAAAUAACAUAGAUAGAAGUUGGAAUGGAAAUUUAGUUUGUGAAGCGGAAAAUGCAAUCGGAAUAGCUCGCACACAUUCCAUUAUCCAUGUUCAAAGAUCUGAGGAAAGUUCUUCCAUUAGCAGCGCUUCAAUCGGAGGACAAAUGCCUAUCAUCCAUUUACCGCUUGAUAGCGAAAUUAAUGCUAAGAAGGGAGAAAAUAUCCAACUGAAAUGUAUUAUAUCUGGAAGUCCAUUACCUUCAGUGCAAUGGAAGCGCAAUGAUGUUAUCAUCGAAAAUAAUGAACAUUACUUGACUAUAUGUGAUGAUGGGAUCUGUAUUUUGCGCAUUUUAAAUGUCACAGAGGAGGAUAAUGCAAUUUUUAGCUGUACAGCGAUGAAUAUGUUCGGUUCCGCAAAAACCAAAAGUAGAAUGACUGUUGAAGAAGAAGCGCACUUAGCAAGUACGAGUAACAUAAAGGAAGAAGAAAGUCCCACAACAAGAAGCAGUGUAGAUGAUCAUACCAUAGGUGAAAUAUCGAUGUCAUCAAUGUCAUCACAAGAUUCACUUACCACUCAAUUUCAAAUACCUCAAUUUACAUUACCAUUACAUGAUAUAACGAUAGAGAACAGAGGAGAACUACAACUUAAAUGUAUUGUUACUGGUGAACCAAUGCCUACAAUUCGUUGGUCAUGCAAUGGUAAAGAAAUUCAAGCAGAUAACAGGAAUAUAUUUACCGUUUAUGAGGAUGGCAUUGUUAUACUAAAGAUUAUCAAUGGUGAUAAAGAAGGAUUAUAUGUAUGUGAAGCAACAAAUGGUAUUGGAAGUGCGCAAACUCGAAGUUUUGUUCACAUAUAUAGCGCGGAAGUUUUACUGACAACAGCAAUGGAACUAAAAGAUACGAUGGAGUCAGCUGAAGCUGUAGUUUUAUCAGUUUCGACGUCGAAAUUUUGCUCAACAGCUGAUGUAAGUGGAAAAAAUGAAACAAUUGAUGAAGAUCAAGAAGGAAAGAAAUUAAAGAAAGAAUUCGGUGAAGAAGAAAUCACAACUGAUCAAUAUAUCCCAACAGGCACACUGAAUUACUUAAUUGAAGCAGAAGCAAUGACAAUAAGAGUUAUGAGUUACAAACUUUGUGCUUAUGCAAAAGUGAAAGCAAAAUCAAAAAAAAUGAAGGAAGAAGAGCUAUUUAAAAUAAUCAUUGAAGAGGACGUUGUACGCACACGAACUUACUUAAGAGUGGUCGAACGUAGUGCAAGACCACUGUGGACAUUUCAAGGUCAUACUACUGAAAGACCUUCAUAUUGGAGUCGAGAAGUUAUUAAUGAAAGGAUUGAAUUUGAGAAAAUAUUCCAAAAUGAUGAAUUACACGAAUUUUUAGAAGAUAAAGACAUUAUUGAACGUUAUGUUCAACUUCUAAAGACGACAGAAACAUCGGAAAGCAGCGAAGAACAUGAAACUCGAUUUAAGUUACGUCAGAUAGGAGGUUCACAAGAAACUUUAGAAAAGCGUAAAUUAGAAAUAUAUGAAGAACAAACUGGAACUCUUGCUGAGGAUACUGGUGUUUUCACAGUUGUGCAUUGCGUAGCAAAUGCAAUGCGUCAUGUUGUAGAAGCGUACGUGAUUCUCAUUACACGUUACAGAUAUAAGGCAACAUUUGAUAUUCGAGCUGCUUUAUAUCAAACGAUUGCUAGUGACAAUGAAUUUGAAGCUUCUAUUGAAGAUUCAGUUAAACGACAAAAAUAUUUCCAGCAUUCAAUUUUGAGAGGACCGCACUUUAUUCAACCACUUACCAUCUUUGAAGAAGGUUUCAAUACCGGCUUGCGUUGUUCUGUUUACGGUUUACCAAUACCACAUAUUCGAAUUUCGCAUAAUGGAUGUCCGAUCCUAAGAAAUAAUAGAUUCUUUCAUGUAGUAUACAAAAGUGGUGUUAUAUCGUUGUACAUGCAACAUAUCCUUGAAGGACAUUACGUUUGUGAAGCAGUCAGUGUAGCCGGAAGAGCUAUUACAGAAUGCUUUAUUCGAGUGGAUGAAGAAUGGAAUGAAAAAGAACAUAGAAAAAUCCGAAGAAUACGAGUUGAAAAUGUUUCCAAAACAACCGAAUCAACUGAAAGAAGCUCCCAAAACAAUGAAACAGUUCAAACAUCGACCACUCAAUAUGAAUACGAACAAAGUAAGCAAAUCAGCGAAGCGAUGGAAUCAGAGGAAAAUAUUGAAGAAACUUUAACCGAACAUCAUAUGCAAUCGCAACAAUUACUAGUGGAAAAUAUGGGAAAGAUAAAGGGUAGUAAAACUGAAAUAUGCAAAGAAAUCAACAAGGAGGUCUUUAUCAAAAGAAACCCCACUGUUUCAUCGAUAGAUGUUUCUGUAAUAGAAAACAUUUACGAUCUAACAGAGCCAAAAAUUCUAGAAACAUCAGAACAAGAAAUUAAUAAACUGAUCGAUGCAGCAAAACCUCCAAUUAAUAAUUAUGAAGAGAUUCUACAUGCAACAGCCCAAUAUGAAAUAGCGUAUCACGACACAUUCCUACCAAAAGAAAUGAACGAAAAAGUAGGACAAGUAGAAGAGCGUGACAAAAAAGAUAAAUUAAUUGACGCAUCUAACAUGAACUUAUCUUCACAGUCAGUUUCAGCAUCCAUUACCCUGAAAAACGAAGUGAAGAUGGAACAAUCUCCUGAUGAAACGGUAGUGGAAGCAAAAAAGGAAAUUGUUGAAGAAAAGACAGAAAUAGCUGUCACAGAUAUUAAAAAACAGGUAGCAACUACAGGUAUUGAACUUCGUUUGGAAAAACUACUCGAGCAUUCAGCAAUCGCAGAACGAGCAGCUGAAGAAUUGAGAGAGAUGGAAAUGAAUCUUGAUUUCGAGAAAAAACUGCAGCAUGAAACAGCUGGCGUUUCUGUCGUAAGUGUAACAUCAGGAUCCAUUCAAGCUUCAACUCCCUUGGCAAAAGCAACAAAAAUGCAGAAACUGACAGAAGAAGAAUUGAGAGAGAUGGAAACGAAUCUGAAUCUACAUAAACAAUUAGAACACGAAACAGUUGACGUAUCUGUUUUUAGCACAACUUCAGGAUCGGCUCAAGCUUCAGAAUGCUUGGCAAAAACAACAAAUAUGGACCAACCUAUAGAUGAAGCGAUUGAAGAAGUUGCGAAACGUGUUGAAGAGAGAGCUGUCGAAGAACUGAGACAGAUAGAAAUCAAUCUGGAUUUAGAGAAACAUCUACAACAAGAAAUACUUGACGUUUCCGUCUUUAGCAUAACCUCAGAAUCCACUCAAGCUUCAGUCUGCUUGGCAAAACUAACAAAAAUAGAGCAAACAGCACAAGAAGAAUUGAGAGAGACGAAGACCAAUUUGGAUUUUGAAAAAUAUCUGGAACAAGAAACAGAUGACAUAUCCGUCAUUAGAAUAGUCUUAGAAUCUACUGAAGCUUCAGUUCGCUUGGCAAAAGAAAUUAAAAGAGAGCAACCAACAGAAGUGAUGGAAGAACUUGCAAGGUCAGAAAAGGAAAUAGUUAAAGAGAAUGUUGAGAGGGCGGUCGAACAAUUGAGUGAAAUGGAAACGAAUCUAAAUUUAGGGAAACAUUCGGAAAAAGAAACAAUCAACGUUUCUGUCUUUGGUAUAGCUUCAGAAACAGCUCAAGCCUCAAUUUGCCUGGAAAAAGCAGCAAAAAUAGAGCAACUCAUAAAAGUGACUGAAGCUGAGAAGCAAGGAAAAGAAGACCUUCAGAGAGCUGCCACGGUUUUGACAAGAAUAGAAGCAAAUCUCAAUUUAGGAAAACAUCUCGAACAUGAAGCUGUUGAGGUUUCCGUUCUAAUUUUGGCUUCUGAAUCAGCUCAAGCAUCGGUUCUAUUAACUAAAGCAGCUAAGAAACAACCUGUGGAAGAUAUUAUCGAAGAGGUUGCAAAACCAGAAAAAGAGGAAAAACUGGAGAAAGACUUCGAAGAACUGAAAGAUACCGGAAUCACGUUUGAUCUGGAGAAACAUCCCGAACAUGAAACUGUUGACGUUUCCGUUUUAAUUUUGGCUUCUGAAUCAGCUCAAGCAUCGAUUCUUUUAACUAAAGAAGCUAACAAGCAACUUAUGGAAGAUAUUGUUGAAGAGGUUGCAAAACCAGAAAGAGGGGAAAAACCGGAGAAGCUGUUCGAAGAACCGAAAGAAACAGAAAUCACGUUUAAUCUGGAAAAACAUCCCGAACAUGAAGCUGUCGACGUUUCCGUUCUAAUUUUGGCUUCUGAAUCAGCUCAAGCAUCGAUUCUUUUAACUAGAGAAGCUAAGAAGCAACCUAUGGAAGAUAUUGUCGAAGAAGUUGCAAAAUCAGAAGAAGAAAAACCAGAGAAGCUGUUCGAAGAAUUGAAAGAAACAGAAAUCACGUUUGACCUGGAGAAACAUCCCGAACAUGAAGCUGUUGACGUUUCCGUUUUAAUUUUGGCUUCUGAAUCAGUUCCAGCAUCGAUUCUUUUAACUAAAGAAGCUAACAAGCAACUUAUGGAAGAUAUUGUCGAAGAGGUUGCAAAACCAGAAAAAGAGGAAAAACUGGAGAAACACUUCGAAGAACUGAAAGAUACCGGAAUCACGUUUAAUCUGGAAAAACAUCCCGAACAUGAAGCUGUCGACGUUUCCGUUUUAAUUUUGGCUUCUGAAUCAGUUCCAGCAUCGAUUCUUUUAACUAAAGAAGCUAAGAAGCAACCUAUGGAAGAUAUUGUCGAAGAGGUUGCAAAACCAGAAAAAGAGGAAAAACUGGAGAAAGACUUCGAAGAACUGAAAGAUACCGGAAUCACGUUUGAUAUGGAGAAACAUCCCGAACAUGAAGCUGUCGACGUUUCCGUUUUAAUUUUGGCUUCUGAAUCAGUUCCAGCAUCGAUUCUUUUAACUAAAGAAGCUAAGAAGCAACCUAUGGAAGAUAUUGUCGAAGAGGUUGCAAAACCAGAAAAAGAGGAAAAACUGGAGAAAGACUUCGAAGAACUGAAAGAUACCGGAAUCACGUUUGAUCUGGAGAAACAUCCCGAACAUGAAGCUGUCGACGUUUCCGUUCUAAUUUUGGCUUCUGAAUCAGUUCCAGCAUCGAUUCUUUUAACUAAAGAAGCUAAGAAGCAACCUAUGGAAGAUAUUGUCGAAGAGGUUGCAAAACCAGAAAAAGAGGAAAAACUGGAGAAAGACUUCGAAGAACUGAAAGAUACCGGAAUCACGUUUGAUCUGGAGAAACAUCCCGAACAUGAAGCUGUCGACGUUUCCGUUCUAAUUUUGGCUUCUGAAUCAGUUCAAGCAUCGAUUCUUUUAACUAGAGAAGCUAAGAAGCAACCUAUGGAAGACAUUGUCGAAGAGGUUGCAAAACCAGAAAAAGAGGAAAAACUGGAGAAAGACUUCGAAGAACUGAAAGAUACCGGAAUCACGUUUGAUCUGGAGAAACAUCCCGAACAUGAAGCUGUCGACGUUUCCGUUCUAAUUUUGGCUUCUGAAUCAGUUCCAGCAUCGAUUCUUUUAACUAGAGAAGCUAAGAAGCAACCUAUGGAAGAUAUUGUCGAAGAGGUUGCAAAACCAGAAAAAGAGGAAAAACUGGAGAAAGACUUCGAAGAACUGAAAGAUACCGGAAUCACGUUUGAUCUGGAGAAACAUCCCGAACAUGAAGCUGUCGACGUUUCCGUUCUAAUUUUGGCUUCUGAAUCAGUUCAAGCAUCGAUUCUUUUAACUAGAGAAGCUAAGAAGCAACCUAUGGAAGAUAUUGUCGAAGAGGUUGCAAAACCAGAAAGAGACGAAAAACCGGAGAAAGUGUUCGAAGAACCGAAAGAAACAGAAAUCACGUUUAAUCUGGAAAAACAUUCCGAACAUGAAGCUGUCGACGUUUCCGUUCUAAUUUUGGCUUCUGAAUCAGUUCCAGCAUCGAUUCUUUUAACUAGAGAAGCUAAGAAGCAACCUAUGGAAGAUAUUGUCGAAGAAGUUGCAAAAUCAGAAGAAGAAAAACCGGAGAAGCUGUUCGAAGAAUUGAAAGAAACAGAAAUCACGUUUGACCUGGAGAAACAUCCCGAACAUGAAGCUGUUGACGUUUCCGUUUUAAUUUUGGCUUCUGAAUCAGUUCCAGCAUCGAUUCUUUUAACUAGAGAAGCUAAGAAGCAACCUAUGGAAGAUAUUGUCGAAGAGGUUGCAAAACCAGAAAAAGAGGAAAAACUGGAGAAACACUUCGAAGAACUGAAAGAUACCGGAAUCACGUUUGAUCUGGAGAAACAUCCCGAACAUGAAGCUGUCGACGUUUCCGUUCUAAUUUUGGCUUCUGAAUCAGUUCCAGCAUCGAUUCUUUUAACUAAAGAAGCUAGGAAGCAACCUAUGGAAGAUAUUGUCGAAGAGGUUGCAAAACCAGAAAAAGAGGAAAAACUGGAGAAACACUUCGAAGAACUGAAAGAUACCGGAAUCACGUUUGAUCUGGAGAAACAUCCCGAACAUGAAGCUGUCGACGUUUCCGUUCUAAUUUUGGCUUCUGAAUCAGUUCAAGCAUCGAUUCUUUUAACUAGAGAAGCUAGGAAGCAACCUAUGGAAGAUAUUGUCGAAGAGGUUGCAAAACCAGAAAGAGAGGAAAAACCGGAGAAAGUGUUCGAAGAACUGAAAGAGACAGGAAUCGGGCUUGAUCUGGAGAAACAUCCCGAACAUGAAGCUGUUGACGUUUCCGUUUUAAUUUUGGCUUCUGAAUCAGCUCAAGCAUCGAUUCUUUUAACUAAAGAAGCUAAGAAACAACCUAUAGAAGAUAUUGUCGAAGAGGUUGCAAAACCAGAAAGAGAAGAAAAACUGGAGAAAGACUUCGAAGAACCGAAAGAUACCGGAAUCACGUUUGAUCUGGAGAAAAAUCUCGAACAUGAAGUUGUUGAGGUUUCCGUUUUGAUUUUGGCUUUAGAAUCAGCUGAAGCAUCGAUUCCUUUAGCCAAGCAAGCUGAGAAACAACCUCUAGAUAUUGCCGAAGAGGUUGCAAAACCAGAAAAAGAGGAAAAACUGGAGAAAGACUUCGAAGAACUGAAAGAUACCGGAAUCACGUUUGAUCUGGAGAAACAUCCCGAACAUGAAGCUGUUGACGUUUCCGUUUUAAUUUUGGCUUCUGAAUCAGUUCCAGCAUCGAUUCUUUUAACUAGAGAAGCUAAGAAGCAACCUAUGGAAGAUAUUGUCGAAGAGGUUGCAAAACCAGAAAAAGAGGAAAAACUGGAGAAAGACUUCGAAGAACUGAAAGAUACCGGAAUCACGUUUGAUCUGGAGAAACAUCCCGAACAUGAAGCUGUCGACGUUUCCGUUCUAAUUUUGGCUUCUGAAUCAGUUCAAGCAUCGAUUCUUUUAACUAGAGAAGCUAGGAAGCAACCUAUGGAAGAUAUUGUCGAAGAGGUUGCAAAACCAGAAAGAGAGGAAAAACCGGAGAAAGUGUUCGAAGAACUGAAAGAGACAGGAAUCGGGCUUGAUCUGGAGAAACAUCCCGAACAUGAAGCUGUUGACGUUUCCGUUUUAAUUUUGGCUUCUGAAUCAGCUCAAGCAUCGAUUCUUUUAACUAAAGAAGCUAAGAAACAACCUAUAGAAGAUAUUGUCGAAGAGGUUGCAAAACCAGAAAGAGAAGAAAAACUGGAGAAAGACUUCGAAGAACCGAAAGAUACCGGAAUCACGUUUGAUCUGGAGAAAAAUCUCGAACAUGAAGUUGUUGAGGUUUCCGUUUUGAUUUUGGCUUUAGAAUCAGCUGAAGCAUCGAUUCCUUUAGCCAAGCAAGCUGAGAAACAACCUCUAGAUAUUGCCGAAGAGGUUGCAAAACCAGAAAGAUACGAAAAACCGGAGAAAGUGUUCGAAGAACCGAAAGAAACAGAAAUCACGUUUAAUCUGGAAAAACAUUCCGAACAUGAAGCUGUCGACGUUUCCGUUCUAAUUUUGGCUUCUGAAUCAGUUCCAGCAUCGAUUCUUUUAACUAGAGAAGCUAAGAAGCAACCUAUGGAAGAUAUUGUCGAAGAGGUUGCAAAACCAGAAAAAGAGGAAAAACUGGAGAAAGACUUCGAAGAACUGAAAGAUACCGGAAUCACGUUUGAUCUUGAGAAACAUCCCGAACAUGAAGCUGUCGACGUUUCCGUUCUAAUUUUGGCUUCUGAAUCAGUUCCAGCAUCGAUUCUUUUAACUAGAGAAGCUAAGAAGCAACCUAUGGAAGAUAUUGUCGAAGAGGUUGCAAAACCAGAAAAAGAGGAAAAACUGGAGAAAGACUUCGAAGAACUGAAAGAUACCGGAAUCACGUUUGAUCUGGAGAAACAUCCCGAACAUGAAGCUGUCGACGUUUCCGUUCUAAUUUUGGCUUCUGAAUCAGUUCAAGCAUCGAUUCUUUUAACUAGAGAAGCUAAGAAGCAACCUAUGGAAGAUAUUGUCGAAGAGGUUGCAAAACCAGAAAGAGACGAAAAACCGGAGAAAGUGUUCGAAGAACCGAAAGAAACAGAAAUCACGUUUAAUCUGGAAAAACAUUCCGAACAUGAAGCUGUCGACGUUUCCGUUCUAAUUUUGGCUUCUGAAUCAGUUCAAGCAUCGAUUCUUUUAACUAGAGAAGCUAAGAAGCAACCUAUGGAAGAUAUUGUCGAAGAGGUUGCAAAACCAGAAAGAGACGAAAAACCGGAGAAAGUGUUCGAAGAACCGAAAGAAACAGAAAUCACGUUUAAUCUGGAAAAAUAUCCCGAACAUGAAGCUGUCGACGUUUCCGUUCUAAUUUUGGCUUCUGAAUCAGCUCAAGCAUCGAUUCUUUUAACUAGAGAAGCUAAGAAGCAACCUAUGGAAGAUAUUGUCGAAGAAGUUGCAAAAUCAGAAGAAGAAAAACCGGAGAAGCUGUUCGAAGAAUUGAAAGAAACAGAAAUCACGUUUGACCUGGAGAAACAUCCCGAACAUGAAGCUGUUGACGUUUCCGUUUUAAUUUUGGCUUCUGAAUCAGUUCCAGCAUCGAUUCUUUUAACUAGAGAAGCUAAGAAGCAACCUAUGGAAGAUAUUGUCGAAGAGGUUGCAAAACCAGAAAAAGAGGAAAAACUGGAGAAAGACUUCGAAGAACUGAAAGAUACCGGAAUCACGUUUGAUCUGGAGAAACAUCCCGAACAUGAAGCUGUCGACGUUUCCGUUCUAAUUUUGGCUUCUGAAUCAGUUCAAGCAUCGAUUCUUUUAACUAGAGAAGCUAGGAAGCAACCUAUGGAAGAUAUUGUCGAAGAGGUUGCAAAACCAGAAAGAGAGGAAAAACCGGAGAAAGUGUUCGAAGAACUGAAAGAGACAGGAAUCGGGCUUGAUCUGGAGAAACAUCCCGAACAUGAAGCUGUUGACGUUUCCGUUUUAAUUUUGGCUUCUGAAUCAGCUCAAGCAUCGAUUCUUUUAACUAAAGAAGCUAAGAAACAACCUAUAGAAGAUAUUGUCGAAGAGGUUGCAAAACCAGAAAGAGAAGAAAAACUGGAGAAAGACUUCGAAGAACCGAAAGAUACCGGAAUCACGUUUGAUCUGGAGAAAAAUCUCGAACAUGAAGUUGUUGAGGUUUCCGUUUUGAUUUUGGCUUUAGAAUCAGCUGAAGCAUCGAUUCCUUUAGCCAAGCAAGCUGAGAAACAACCUCUAGAUAUUGCCGAAGAGGUUGCAAAACCAGAAAGAUACGAAAAACCGGAGAAAGUGUUCGAAGAACCGAAAGAAACAGAAAUCACGUUUAAUCUGGAAAAACAUUCCGAACAUGAAGCUGUCGACGUUUCCGUUUUAAUUUUGGCUUCUGAAUCAGCUCAAGCAUCGAUUCUUUUAACUAAAGAAGCUAAGAAACAACCUAUAGAAGAUAUUGUCGAAGAGGUUGCAAAACCAGAAAGAGAAGAAAAACUGGAGAAAGACUUCGAAGAACCGAAAGAUACCGGAAUCACGUUUGAUCUGGAGAAAAAUCUCGAACAUGAAGUUGUUGAGGUUUCCGUUUUGAUUUUGGCUUUAGAAUCAGCUGAAGCAUCGAUUCCUUUAGCCAAGCAAGCUGAGAAACAACCUCUAGAUAUUGCCGAAGAGGUUGCAAAACCAGAAAGAUACGAAAAACCGGAGAAAGUGUUCGAAGAACCGAAAGAAACAGAAAUCACGUUUAAUCUGGAAAAACAUUCCGAACAUGAAGCUGUCGACGUUUCCGUUAUAAUUCUGGCUUCUGAAUCAGCUCAAGCAUCGGUUCUUUUAACUAAAACAGCUAAGAAACAACCUGUGGAAGAUAUUGUCGAAGAGGUUGCAAAACCAGAAAGAGACGAAAAACCGGAGAAAGUGUUCGAAGAACCGAAAGAAACAGAAAUCACGUUUAAUCUGGAAAAACAUUCCGAACAUGAAGCUGUCGACGUUUCCGUUCUAAUUUUGGCUUCUGAAUCAGCUCAAGCAUCGAUUCUUUUAACUAGAGAAGCUAAGAAGCAACCUAUGGAAGAUAUUGUCGAAGAAGUUGCAAAAUCAGAAGAAGAAAAACCGGAGAAGCUGUUCGAAGAAUUGAAAGAAACAGAAAUCACGUUUGACCUGGAGAAACAUCCCGAACAUGAAGCUGUUGACGUUUCCGUUUUAAUUUUGGCUUCUGAAUCAGUUCCAGCAUCGAUUCUUUUAACUAGAGAAGCUAAGAAGCAACCUAUGGAAGAUAUUGUCGAAGAGGUUGCAAAACCAGAAAAAGAGGAAAAACUGGAGAAAGACUUCGAAGAACUGAAAGAUACCGGAAUCACGUUUGAUCUGGAGAAACAUCCCGAACAUGAAGCUGUCGACGUUUCCGUUCUAAUUUUGGCUUCUGAAUCAGUUCAAGCAUCGAUUCUUUUAACUAGAGAAGCUAGGAAGCAACCUAUGGAAGAUAUUGUCGAAGAGGUUGCAAAACCAGAAAGAGAGGAAAAACCGGAGAAAGUGUUCGAAGAACUGAAAGAGACAGGAAUCGGGCUUGAUCUGGAGAAACAUCCCGAACAUGAAGCUGUUGACGUUUCCGUUUUAAUUUUGGCUUCUGAAUCAGCUCAAGCAUCGAUUCUUUUAACUAAAGAAGCUAAGAAACAACCUAUAGAAGAUAUUGUCGAAGAGGUUGCAAAACCAGAAAGAGAAGAAAAACUGGAGAAAGACUUCGAAGAACCGAAAGAUACCGGAAUCACGUUUGAUCUGGAGAAAAAUCUCGAACAUGAAGUUGUUGAGGUUUCCGUUUUGAUUUUGGCUUUAGAAUCAGCUGAAGCAUCGAUUCCUUUAGCCAAGCAAGCUGAGAAACAACCUCUAGAUAUUGCCGAAGAGGUUGCAAAACCAGAAAGAUACGAAAAACCGGAGAAAGUGUUCGAAGAACCGAAAGAAACAGAAAUCACGUUUAAUCUGGAAAAACAUUCCGAACAUGAAGCUGUCGACGUUUCCGUUCUAAUUUUGGCUUCUGAAUCAGUUCCAGCAUCGAUUCUUUUAACUAGAGAAGCUAAGAAGCAACCUAUGGAAGAUAUUGUCGAAGAGGUUGCAAAACCAGAAAAAGAGGAAAAACUGGAGAAAGACUUCGAAGAACUGAAAGAUACCGGAAUCACGUUUGAUCUUGAGAAACAUCCCGAACAUGAAGCUGUCGACGUUUCCGUUCUAAUUUUGGCUUCUGAAUCAGUUCCAGCAUCGAUUCUUUUAACUAGAGAAGCUAAGAAGCAACCUAUGGAAGAUAUUGUCGAAGAGGUUGCAAAACCAGAAAAAGAGGAAAAACUGGAGAAAGACUUCGAAGAACUGAAAGAUACCGGAAUCACGUUUGAUCUGGAGAAACAUCCCGAACAUGAAGCUGUCGACGUUUCCGUUCUAAUUUUGGCUUCUGAAUCAGUUCAAGCAUCGAUUCUUUUAACUAGAGAAGCUAAGAAGCAACCUAUGGAAGAUAUUGUCGAAGAGGUUGCAAAACCAGAAAGAGACGAAAAACCGGAGAAAGUGUUCGAAGAACCGAAAGAAACAGAAAUCACGUUUAAUCUGGAAAAACAUUCCGAACAUGAAGCUGUCGACGUUUCCGUUCUAAUUUUGGCUUCUGAAUCAGUUCAAGCAUCGAUUCUUUUAACUAGAGAAGCUAAGAAGCAACCUAUGGAAGAUAUUGUCGAAGAGGUUGCAAAACCAGAAAGAGACGAAAAACCGGAGAAAGUGUUCGAAGAACCGAAAGAAACAGAAAUCACGUUUAAUCUGGAAAAAUCCCGAACAUGA